AGGCGCGUCAGUGCUAACUGUGACUCUGACCUGCGCACACGCAACGCGAACAUGCGCGAGUUACCGCCCGCCGAUGUGAGUGCUAGUGUUUAGUGUAGUGGGUGAAGUAAACGAAUAUUGUGGCGGUGUGAUGGCUGUUAAAAUGAAAAGACUUGUUUUACAUUUAAGGACAUUUUUAUUGUUAAUAUGGACGUUAAGCAGCGAGCUCGACGGGUACUCCUGCCCGUACGGCCAGAACUGCGGCUUCGAGCCCGCGCCGCCGGGCCGGGCGCCGGCGUGCGCGCAGCCGGGACUCACCUACUGUCUGUACCCGGAGCCCUACCCAGAACAAAUUAUCCGGCAGCUUAUCGGCGCCGGUCAAUACGACAUACGAACUCUCCUGUCAGACGAAAGCCGUGACGAAUUCAACUCGAACAAGAAGAACGACUAUCCAUACGGCUACGGGCCCAAUUCAUUGCCCCACGUAGACCAGAUCUCGCUGGUCAAUGACCCCUUCCCGAAGAAUAGUUUAAAUAAGUUCCAUAAUAGAUUUAAUACGCACGAUAUUUUCGACGGUAAGACUCCUCUGCAGCCUCCAUCGCCCGUAGACCCGUCACCAUACAACAUCAACACCUUCCAAUCAUCGAACUUCACCAAAUUCGGCUUCCAAGGAUACCAGACUUCCUCCCCAAACUUUUGGAACGUCGGACGAGGUCAUUUCAACGAUAAUGACAAGAAAAUGUAUAGACAGAAUAGUAUUAACCAAAAUUUGGGUUUCGAGAAUGGGUACAAUCCAAAUUUCUAUCAGAACUAUGAAAGUGACUGGUUUCGCCAAGCUGCAAGUGGAGUCACUCAAUAUAACCCUAAUGAAUGGUGGAAAUACGUGUCCCCUUCUCGAGCUGAUGGAACAGUGGAGAGGUCAGUGACCUACCCGAGCCGGUCGUCCGCCAUCAGGUCCAGGAAGCGUCGCAACGCCAAGCUGGUCGCAGAGUCGCAGAAGAGAACGCUGACUGGAGCCGAGGCGUUGAGAAUAGCCCUAGGCUUGGCAAGCGCAGAGACGGAAGCCGAGCGUCCUCGUCGUCAAGCGGCGAACACGGUCGAUCUUUGCCGAAUACGAACCGAGUACAUCACUCCUCGCGCCGCGCUCAACAACAAGGGCAAUUGGCGCUACGUCGUCAACAUGCCAGACAACAUGACGCAGCUAGUCCGGGCCGAGAUUUGCGCCUCGUCUGAGUGCAAUGGACUGUGCACAUUACCUGCAGGAUACAGCUCGCGUUGCGAACAAAAAUACAUACAGAAACGUUUGGUAGCCUUGGAAGCAAGUGGACAAAAUCUCUACACGGACUUAUUCUGGAUACCUAGCUGUUGUCAAUGCACUAUUGUAGCAAAUUAAUGAAUCUAUCAACUUGUGAUCCCAUAAAAUAGGUUAUUACAUGUUUUAAGUAACCUAAACUUCUAGUUUUACUAUUCGAUACUAGAUGGCGCGACUCAGCAACAAAGGUUCUAUGCCACGAUUUCACUGCCUUUUUAAAUAUAAGUAAUUUGACAUAAUGACAAUAAAAUAAAAAUACUUUUAACCAUGUACUUCGACAGAUUUUAUUAUAUUAAUUGCGUGUAUUGAUUAACUAGAUGGCGCCACUAUACGUUGUGUAAAAAGUGAGGCUUGAAGCGUUUAACAUUUUAUUAAUGUAACAUAGAUGUAUAAUAGAAAAAAGGGUUUGUUUAAAAAUAUAUUUUCCUAAAGGCAGAGUAUUAAAAUAGGUGAAUAUUGUAGGUAGAUAUUUCAUUUAUAUUCCUAAUUAGAGCCACGCCCCAUUGCUCCGUUGCGCUCCGUCACGUUGACAUCCGUCGACGGACAACGCAGAAAUUGCAUGGAGAUUCAACGUACAUCAAGGCACGUCAUAACCGGUAGAUAAUAACGGAGCACGACUGAGCGACGGGACAUGCUGGUUUUUGGCACUGCACACUUUUAUCAAGUAUUAAAAUCUAGAUUAAGGAAAUUAAGAAUACUGUGUACAUAUUAGGGAUAGGCAAUUGUGGUUGCAUUUGUUUAUUUAAUUAUUAAUUCUUAAAUAAAUCUAUAAAGUUAGUACUUCUACCUUCAUAAUAAAGUUACAUGGUUUCCCUAUUUUCACAAUUCGCUUUUAAAUAUACGAGUAGCAGUUAAUUCUUACAAUUUUGAAUUUGUUGUAAAUAUUUCUUAUGCGUUAAUAAUUUAGAUAAAAAAAGGCUACGUAAACAUAAACAACUCACUUUUGUAAAAAUAUUGUUCUACUGGUGUGUAAAUAUACUUGCAAUAAAUCUUAAAAUAAUAAAA